AUGGGGCGUAAGGCGAAGGCGGCGGCGGCGAUUGCCGGUGCUGAGUCAGCCGUCGGUCGUCAUGCUUCGAGCCCAGGAUCAUCCACGGUGACCUCGAGGAAGCGGCGACGCAGGACCGAUUCCUCGGAGAAUCCUCCUACUCCGGCAGGACCAAUACGCCACAUAGAUCCUACCUUGGCCAACGAGAUCUUGGUACUGUUUGAGACGCCCUCUGGCUUCGCAAUUUUCUCUUUGAAGUACGACCUCAACCAACCGGACGUUAUGAAGAAACUCUGGACAAUCUUUGUCAAGGAUUAUAGGUCAACAAAGCAUGUGUUCCUGAAAGAGUUUCAAACGUUCAAGGACAAGUCCAGUGCGUUUAAUCCUGGUACUGGUGGUGUCAGUAAGGAGCUUGCUGAGAUGAUAGCGCGCCAUCACCGCCCUGGUCAGGCAUUGGCUGUUGGAAAACCUGAAUAUAAAAGAUUCAUCGAAACAAGCCUGCGGGAUGUGCCUUGCCUGUUCAAUGAAACUGUGAAGGAGGUGAUGUGGGGCUUGGAGAAUCUCAUGCAUAGCUUAGAGCAUGUCUAA